GUAGGUUUUAACGUCUAAUGGAAUAAAGUCCGUCCAGGCCAACCUUUGCCCAACCUCCUCCAAAUAAUUUAUAUGACAUUGCAUGAAGUUCGAUAGAGUAUAUAUUCCGGAUUGAAUUUAAGGAGGAAAUUUUGAUGAAAAACACUUGCCAUCUGUGUAAAGCCAAUCGACUGGAAGAAGAUAAAAUGGUCUACCAGAUACUGGUGAUUUUCCCAUGAUACAAAAGGUCACAGAUGGCCUAUGGAGUAAGGUACCUCAAAAUAAGCUAAAUUUUCAACACUAAAUAUAAUACAGUAAUCCCUUAACAUUCGCGGGUUUGUCAUUUGCGGUUUUCACUAUUCGCGUAUGAAAAAAUGAGGUAAGAUUUAACAUUCACGGAAGGUCGGACUUGUGCAUUCGCGGAAAAAUAACACUUGAGUAAACAAAAAAAUUCUGACAGACAACAAUAUUCUUUGAAGAUGCCGAAUCGUUCAUUUCAAAAGCAGAAACAACAGCUCCAGGAUUUAAGGCGGCCAAAGAUCGUAUCAGCUUAUUACUUUGUGCAAAUGCAUCUGGUGAUUGCAAGCUAAAGGCGACAUUGAUCUACAGAUCCCAAAAUCCAAGAGCCCUCAAGGGAAAAAGUAAAGAUGAGCUCCCAGUUUUUUGGAGAUCAAACACCAAAGCAUGGGUGACUAGUGCCUUAUUCCAAGAAUGGUUUCAUUUCUCUUUCAUCAACGAAAUAAAAAAAUAUCUAGCUCUGCUUCUAAUUGACAACGCUCCUGGUCAUCCUUCAAGUUUAAUAGGAAGUCAUCCAAAUGUGGAAGUUAUUUUUUUGCCCCCAAAUACGACUUCGUUGAUAUAACCUCUGGACCAAGGGGUUAUAGCAGCUUUCAAGGCAUAUUAUACCAAACACAGUUUUAAGCGAAUUUUAAAUUCCAUUGAGUGUAAUGCCGAAGAAACUGUGUCUAACUCAUGGAAGAAAUUUAACAUUGCGAAUUGCAUUGAAUACAUACAUGCUUCUUGGCAGGAAAUGAAGCCAAGUACAAUCAACGCUUGUUGGAGAAAGAUAUGGCCUCAAGUGGUUAAAAAAGAUAACGCUUUUCCACCACUUCAAGAUGAGGAGAAAGAAAUCGUCCGCAUAGCGCACCAGAUUGGAGGAGAAGGAUUUGAUGAUAUGAGAGCAGACGAAAUUGAUGAAUUGCUUAAUUCUCAUGAAAAAGAGUUAUCGGAUGAAGACCUGAUGCUGCAAAAAGAAGAGGACUCUAAGGAAUGUGAAGAAGUUGAAAGUGAAGAUGAGAGUCGGGGUGGUGAAAAGAGCCCAAGUUUUUCUGCAAAACAGAUCAGUGAAAUUCUAACGAUAAGGGACCAACUUGUUCAAGAGACAAUGGAUUUGGACCCAUCAUUGAACCGAAGUUUACAAUUUAAAAGAGAUGUCGAGGCCGCUUCCAUUCCUUAUGUGGAAAUGCUGAAAGAACUGAAUUUUUGUGCGAAAAAGCGAACUAUUAGUAGCUAUUUUCUUCCAUCCACGUCUAAAAAUACAAGUUAAACAUUUAAUUUUUAAUGUACAUAGAUAAGGAAAUGUUUUUGUACAAAUGUAUUUCAAAUAAAUUCUUUUGAUUUAAAACAUCACAAUUUUUUCAGUCAUGGAACGUAACCCUCCUUAUAACAUAGGAAAAUAGACUCAACAUUCGCGGAUUUAACAUUCACGGUAAUUUUUAGGAACCAAACCCCCGC